CUCACUCUCUCUCUUCUCUCACUUUUGGCGGCUCUAAGAAUUUCGAAGCUCUAGCUCCUCCUAGAAACCCUAAUUUCCUUCCACCCCUCGUCGAUACACCUAUAUCUACAUCUAUAUCGGUUCGUUUUCUCUUUUCCGAGUGUGAAUAACGGAGGUUGGAUUGGGACUGACCUCGGAGAAGGCGGCAAUGGAGGCCCCCGUAGGGCAAAAGUCUCAGAAACUGCACGAGUUUGCUUUGGCCUCGGUAUCUGACCUCGCUCCGUCUUCGUCUUCUUCUGACGUUGCUUCGUCUUCGCCGCCGGCGAUUGCUCGGUUCGGCGCCGAUUGCGGAAUACCGGAGCUCCGGUUUAAUAUGGAGUGCGCUUCGGGCGCUGUCGUGAAUGUUGAUCUCCGAACGGCUAAGCUAUUCAAGUUAGGCCCUGUUAGCUCGGUUUGCAUAUUUAGAGCGUCUGAUAUCAGCAAAGAGAAGUAUUCGAGAGGGGUGACUAUUCGGUUUAGAAGUGAGGAAGAUAGCACGGCCUUCCAUUAUGCAUUUGAGCAACUGAAGAAGGACUGUGUUAUUCAAGAAGCACAAUUAGCAAAUGGAGCUCCAUCAGCUUCUAAAUGCAAGUUUGAUGAUAAAAUAGAACCGUCUUCUGCUAAAAUGUAUUUCCAUUACUAUGGACAACUGCUACAUCAGCAAAACAUGCUACAGGAUUAUGUUAGGACAGGCACGUAUUAUGCUGCUGUUAUUGAAAACCGUGCUGAUUUUUUUGGACGUGUGGUGGUUGAUGUUGGUGCUGGCAGUGGUAUCUUGUCGUUAUUUGCUGCUCAGGCUGGGGCAAAGCAUGUUUAUGCUGUGGAAGCAUCUGAAAUGGCAGAAUAUGCGCGCAAACUAAUUGCUGGAAAUCCAGCAUUGAGCCAGAGAAUAACGGUGGUCAAAGGUAAAGUUGAGGAGGUUGAACUACCAGAGAAAGCAGAUAUUCUUAUAUCAGAGCCAAUGGGCACCUUAUUAGUCAAUGAGAGAAUGCUAGAGUCCUAUGUGAUUGCAAGAGAUCGGUUCCUUGUCCCAAAUGGAAAAAUGUUUCCUACAGUUGGAAGGAUACACAUGGCACCUUUCAGUGAUGAAUAUUUAUUUGUUGAAAUUGCAAAUAAGGCCCUUUUCUGGCAGCAGCAGAAUUAUUAUGGCGUUGAUUUGACAGCCUUGCAUGGAUCGGCAUUUCAGGGAUAUUUUUCACAGCCUGUGGUAGAUGCUUUUGAUCCAAGAUUUUUGGUGGCUCCUUCAAUAUCUCAUGUGAUAGACUUCACUAAAGUCGAGGAAGAAGAUUUAUAUGAAAUCGAUGUACCACUGCGAUUUAUAGCCUCUGUUGGCACUAGAGUGCAUGGGCUGGCAUGCUGGUUUGACGUUUUAUUCAAUGGGAGCACUGUUCAAAGGUGGCUUACCACCGCCCCUGGUGCACCGACAACUCACUGGUACCAGUUACGCUGUGUUCUCUCUCAGCCAAUUUACGUUAUGGCCGGACAAGAAAUUACAGGACGCCUCCGCAUGGUUGCCCAUGAUGCUCAAAGCUAUACCAUAUAUCUAACACUGUCAGCUAAAAUGUGGGGCCCCGGUGCCGAACAAGGAGGGAUACUUCAAACAUCAUCUUGCAAACUUGAUUUGAAAGAACCGUACUAUAGAAUGUCCCAACCACAAGCUUAUGCACUGGCCCAAGAUCAGCAACCGAACCAGCUAAUACAAACACAGGAUAUACCCAUUCAAUCGCAGGAUUUAGAUGACAUUGAAUUGCUUGCACAACCAUCUCCAAGUUCAGGUGCACAGCUUAACACAUUGAAUGGAUAAUGUUCUUUUUUUAUUUAAGAUCUUUGAUGGAAUCUUUUCUCUCUCUCUCUCUCUCUAUCUCUCU